AUGGAUCCCCAACGAGCAGAACUCAUGCAACAGGCCAUCAGUUUUCUUUCGGACCCUCACACUCGGUCGUCUACACUUGUCCAGCGGAUACAAUUUCUCGAGUCGAGAGGACUCACCGGAGACGAAAUAACACGAGCAAUAACCAUUGCAAAUCAGAGCAUUGUCAACGGUGGUCAAGUCCCGUAUACUGCUGGACCGGCUACCUUGCCUGGCCAAAACCCGGUUCACGUGCCGUGGGACUGGAGGGAUUACUUUAUUGCUGCAGUCGUUUCGGGUUCGGCCUUGUUUGGAGCAUACGCCAUCGCAAAGAAUUACAUGUUCCCUCACCUGAAACCACCCACCGUCUCCGCCUAUGAGGCAGAUAAAGAGGCACUUACCGCCCAGUUCGAAGCUGCUGAACAAAUACUCAAGGAGAUGCAAGCUGAGACGCAAGCCAUGAAAGCAACUCUUGAAGAGCAGCGUGAAAAGGUGGAUACGGCCGUCCAAGAGGUCACAGAAGCCGUGGAAGAAAUGAGAAAGGGUGAGACAGAGGUCCGAGAUGAGAUGAGGGAAAUCCGUGCAGAAGUCAACAAUAUGCAAGAGAUGCUCCCAAAGAUGCUUGAACGCGUAAAGGAUCAAGAAAGACUGUCGUACGGAGAGCUACAGCAAGAACUCAAGUCACUCAAAGCGCUCUUACUCUCAAGCAGAGAUGCCAACACUUCUGCCGCGACCACGUCAAUCUUUUCCCAGAUCGGCAAGAAGCCAAGCAUCCCAGCCUGGCAACUUGCUCAAUCUUCGAGCGCCUCAUCUACUCCUGUUCCGACACCGCCCUCGGGUUUGACGACCACUGCAACAUCCGAUGAACAGGUGACGAGCUCCUGA